AUGGUGUGGUUGGGACGUGGGAGCACGGACAGCACAGAGGCGGGGAAUCUGCGACAGGAGAGAGGAACCCCGUCAACGGGCACACAAGGACCCAGAGUGGCUAAUGCCACAACAACAAAGUGCCAACACUACAAACGAGGGGAUGAGGAUGUUCCCACCGGGACCCACUACGCCUUCCCUCCUACAAGCUGCACUAUCCGCAAGGCGCUUAAGGAGCCUACAUCCCAAAAUGCGUGCGCGCAGGAGUGCCAGGGCAACUACCGCUAUGGAGAUUAUACCCCUAGGAUUGCUGCCACCAACCCUAAGGGUAACCCUGGUUCAGUCCUCUACAUGCUCGAGUGCAGUGCCAGCCCACUGUUGAUGGGCACCCGGCACGUCAUGGGCAGCGUAGGGCAGCGAGUGCCCCUACGGGAUCGCCCAGCGCACGACAACGGGCUCGGUUCGCCGAUGCACCAUUGUCGUGCCCCGGGUCCGCUCCGAGUAGGAGCAGCGGGCAUCGGUGGGGGGACCCAGGGCCGACUGCCCGGAUCCGGAGGGGCCCUGCGCUGGGCUAGUCGCCGUAUGGCGGCCUAG